AUGUUUUUAACUAGAAGUGAAUAUGAUCGUGGUGUGAGUACGUUCUCACCAGAGGGAAGAUUAUUUCAAGUUGAAUAUUCAUUGGAGGCCAUCAAAUUGGGAUCCACUGCAAUUGGUAUUUCAACAUCUGAAGGGGUGAUUUUAGGGGUUGAAAAGAGAGUGACUUCAUCUUUGUUAGAGCAUUCAUCCAUUGAGAAGAUCAUUGAGGUCGAUAAGCACAUUGGUUGUGCAAUGUCAGGUUUAACUGCGGACGCAAGAUCCAUGAUCGACCACGCCAGAGUUUCGUCUUUGACUCAUAACUUAUAUUAUGACGAGGAUAUUCAAGUUGAGAGUUUGACCCAAUCCGUUUGUGAUUUGGCUUUGAGAUUUGGAGAAGGAGCUAGUGGUGAAAAAAGAUUAAUGUCAAGACCUUUUGGGGUUGCCUUGUUAAUAGCUGGAAUUGAUAAAGAUAAGGGACCUCAGUUGUACCACGCGGAACCUUCAGGUACAUUCUAUAGAUACGAUGCUAAAGCUAUUGGUUCAGGAUCAGAAGGCGCUCAAGCUGAAUUACAGAAUGAAUAUCAUAAAUCGUUAACUUUGAAAGAAGCGGAAUUAUUAACCUUAAAGAUUUUAAAACAAGUCAUGGAAGAAAAAUUAGACUGUAAAAAUGCUCAAUUGGCAAGCGUUACUGCUGAGCAUGGCUUCCAAGUUUACAGUGAUGAAAAGACUAAUGAAAUUAUUAAAGUUUUAAACGAACAACAAAGUGAAGCCGACGCUGAAGCUGAUGCUAGUUGA